UGUUUGAAUAAAUACAAAUUCGUAGAUUUCUGCAAGCAUCAUUUCUUAAGAAAUGUUUUUUAAAUCCAAUAGGAGUUUGUUCCACUCGAAGAGCGUAAAAAUCGCGACCUUUGGUAUUCUUCCUGAGCUUCCUGAAGAUGCUGUACUCGAGCCAAGGGUUACCUAAGUAAUUAACGAGGUAUCAUUUCACAAUUCUAAAGUAUCAGCCUACAUUAACCAUUAAGGUGAUUAAAAGUGUCUGUUCCGCAGUAAAUAUUGACUUCCUGUCGAAUUAAUUUCCGACCGCCUCGCGUUCCGAAUCACGUUCGUCGAAGCGGCUGUACGCGCGCCAAGGUUCGAUUAAACAAUUAGAAAUACUCAAUUACGCAACAGCAAAGAAAUCGAUCGUUUAAAAAUACCAUCGAUUUCACAAGUUUUCAAUCGUGAUUUCGAUUCGUCCAACAUUCCCUAUCGUGAUCCGCUACAUUCGUAAGCUACAAAUAUGUGAAAAAUAAUUCAUCUUCCAGGAAAGCUUAAUUUCCUCGACGUAUCUACUUAUCCAUCCGCAAAGUGACAGAGUGAAUGAUUUUAUAGGGAACCCAGAAGACGCAAAGCGAUCCUCAUUCCGAUGCACAUGCAAUAUAACCCGAAGAUCGGUUGUACUUUCGGCUGGUUCUAAUAAUAAUCGAUGCCUAUGUGUCUCCAGGGAUCUCGUUGCUGGUCCACGCCGAUAUACGUGUUGUAUCCGUGAUGCGUUUUGUACCGACCGUAAUUUCUCCGACAGGCUGGCCGCUCGUUACUUGUCCUUUUUGCUGCUCACAGCCGGCUUCUGUCCGGCGCCGAUGGUACUUCGACGGAUCGUUGGGAGUCUAUUUGCGUUCUGACUUGGUUUUAAUACGUGCACCAUGCGGCCUAAACGUUGAUGCACUUUUACGACCGGUGAAAUACAGGGUGUCUGAAAAAUAUGGUAUCCUUAAUAAAUUUGCAUCGGAAGAAUUUGACAAAAAUUACAUUACUAAUAAGAGUUUAAAAAAAAUAAAAUUAUAGUUAUUGUGUGUUUUAUAAAUUGUCCAUUUCGUCUGCAACAACAUAAUAUAAUUUCUACAAUAGCUUUUAUAAUAAAUAAAGAAGGAGUAACAUCUAAAGGCGAUUUCGUGCCGAUGAAAUAGAUGGCUAUAAGUUCAUUUCCGUGUUAUUAACGCAGCCUAGCAGCGUGUAGGACAUUCAUACGUAAUAUCUGACUAAUUGAGGCCGACGCGUGUACUUGGCAAUAAUCCAAGUCGCUUUGAUCACCGGCAAUCUACCUUACGCGAAAGCUACACACGUGUGCCCAUCUAUACGCACGUGUUCGCUUAAAUAUGUAUUCAUGAAUUUAAGUACGAGCUCGUGUUAUCCAAACGGAGCAAAACCGAUGACUAAAGACCGCUUGUACGCGGAAGCAGAGUACAGAAUCGGAUUUCCAAAGAAUCGAUCGCGAUAUGAUGGAGGAGAAUUCUGAUUUACCGAUCAGAUGACAAAAGUUGGUCGUCGAGAAACGAGCAUCGAAUCUCGUGCGAGCGCUUUUCGUGAUCGUUUAUCGGACAUGUGUCAACGUGCAGGAAAAACUGUUCAUCGCGACUGAUCAACGAAGAAUUGCCAUUAGAAUUAGGUAAAAAAAGUGAAUUCGAGUAAAUUGCGAUGAUAACGAUCGAGAUAAAAGCUUGAAGAUUCACCAGUGUUCGCUGAUUCAAUGGCACCAGCACCAAUCUUUCCAUCGAUUCACCUUGCAGAGGAAUGCUGCUGAGUUUAUUCAGGUUGACCAUGAUCGUUUCGCUACUAAUCAGCGCAGUUUGUAUCGAAAGCAACGUAAGAUCAUCAGAGGAAAACAAAGCAGAGGUAGAAUCACCUGAACGGCGCGAUGUUUUUCUGAAAAAAGACACGAUUGUCAACCACGAUGAAGAUUCCCAUAUGCAGAAACGGCAAUCGAGCAAACACAACAGAUACUCUAGCGAUCAGGAUCCGAAGGCACGUAGAAGCAGUGUCCAUUCGAUGGAACGCAGAAUAUCUCGAGCAGGUGACAAGAGUUUGGCCAACAAGAUGGCCAAAGAUGCGUUGCAGUCUCCGAAGAUGCAGGAGACAAUGAAGAAGCUCACUCGAGUGUCGAAGCCUCGUAGUAAUCUCUAUGCGUCCGUGAAGUUGCCGGCUUCGGGAAAGGUUGGAAUGAAGAAAUCCCGCAGUGAACAUCAGGACGGGCACAUUGGACGAGGAAAGAAGAAAAAGAGAAGACACCAUCGAAGAUUCAAAAAUGGGCACGCUGAAUGGCCAAAGGGGGGGUCUCCCAAGAGAACGUCGAACCCUGGCAGCAAAAUUAACUCGUCUGCGAAGAAAGUAACCGGAAGAGAGAAAUAUUUAAUUAAACAUAAUCAAGGAAUGACCGAUAACAAAUCACGAGACAGACCUACAACAUCAAGAUCAAACGAAAAUGUUACCCGUGUACACGUAGAAGACAAUGAUUACGUUGAUUUCUCCUCACCGUUGAUCACUAAACCUUCAGCGUUGUCGAGUAAAUCAGCGAAAACCGAAGGUUCCGUGAAAUUACAUGGUAACGAGAGAAUGAUCGACAGUUUGAUGCGGACGACAACGAGGAAUCCUUUAAAAAAGAGUCCCGGUGACCAAGGAGUAGAGUACUCGGAUUAUUACAGCGACGACGAUGUCCUCCGCGACAUGGCAGCGAAUAAAAUCCCGAUGCAGAUCGUUCAAUCCAUGUAUCCCAACGAUCGUAUCGCGCGCGAAAUUCCGUACUCUAGAUCUCUUCGUCGAAUCGACAGAAACGUUCAGGCGUAUCGUCGAGGUCACCCUGGUCGUAGAAAAAGCUUCAGGUACCCUGGUAACGGUUUUAAACGUUCCCAUCGUUUUCAAAGAUAUCCGAAAGGCAAACGACUCGGGGGACCGAAUCAGUAUUCUCAGUUCCUCAGAGCGGAUAGAUACGAUCAAUCGGACCCCAGGUGUCUUGUCAGCACCGAGGAAGUUCUGGAACAGCCGCAGAUAUCAGAACAGGAUGCUGUUCUUGACGUGGUACAAAACAAUAUCGGUGAUAGGAGAAUGAACAAUGAAAUUCACCAGCAGAAUCCUCGUCCAUUGAAUCGUUUCGAUCAAUACGGGAUGCCUCAGGACGAUUUCAGAAACUUGGAAACAAACGAAGGUGUCGAACCAAGGCGGAACCCGCUGCGUCCUAAUAGUCUUGAAAUACAAAACGUGGAAAAUGAUCAGCCAAUAGACACGAAUUUCGACGAGAAUACGUUAAAUCAACCUCGGAUAUCAGGUACAACGGAGGAAGAUAUCGCAGCUCAAUCGCAGUCUAGUUUCUCUGCAGGCCAGUCAUACAACAAUCUCGACGACACACAGGAUCAAUCUAUGAAAAGUGCUUCAAUACAGGGGAUAAAUAACAUUCCUCAAACGUACGAUAACGCGAUGGAUCAGCCUCUUGGAAAGAUCCUGGAGUCUCUGGGCAUCAACGUCAGCACCGAGCCCAGUAAUUUAAAUCAGAAUGAAAAUUUGGAGGACAACAUAGCAAACUCUGACUAUCUUAAUCAAUCAGAGGAACAUCUUUUAAGUCCCAGUUAUCGAAAGCAAGAAUUUAAAAGUGAGAAUAGAAACGAAGACAAGGAGGAGCACACGAGAGGACACGUAAUUCAAAAUGAAGGAUACGAAAACGAGUUCUUACCGUACACGGAUAAUCCACUCCUUCCUGCACACAAUAUGAACAUUUCCAUCGCUGUGCAAGACACUAAAGAGAUCGCCAAUCAAAUACUGAACACCAUCAUGGAGGAACUGGAAGAAUUGAAGCUGGAUCAUUCAAAGAACAAAAGGAGAGACGGCUUACCUUGCCGUUUGUCAGGGUCCUGGUCAACGUCUCAGGCCGGAAUCAAGCUAGAGAUGAGGGUCGUGAAUCGAAGUAUAAUCGUGACGGUUACGGAGCUCGCGACACCCCGUUUUCACGGAAGUCUGAUCAACGGAACGUGGAACGUUUCCGGUCACGCUCCGUUUAAACGUGGCGCACCCUUCACUCUGAUCGCCACGGAUAACAGUACCAAGUCGAUAGCUGUGUUCGUCGGUGCCUGCAGAGUAUGCCAAGGAGUGGACACCAUAACAGGUGUUUGGUCUGUUGCUCGACAGCCAAACGAUUGCAAAGACGCCCAGGUUGCCACGAGUGUCUUCAAUGAUGUCUUCCGGAAAUCUAAGUUGUCCAGUUUAAAAGAACACCAGAACUCGACCACGACUGAAAGCUCGACACUGAAGCACGAGAAAAGGAAGAGUUAGAAAUGUUUUACCACUGAAAUCCGUAUGAUGCGGAAUAUUUAAAAACAAAGUGACAUUGGAUAGACAAAGUUGGAACUUAAGGGAUGAAAGUAUAAUCGAAGAUUGAUUUGAUUUUGCAGAUGUAGACAAUGAUUCACAUGGAUAAUCGUAUCUCGAUAUGACAAGCUACGUAUUCAAAAAAAUGUCGAAUAUUUUGUAUUAUGAUGUAAGUAGUUUCUAAUAAACUCAACAUUUUAUACUA